GCAUACGGUAAAUUGAAUAGGCUGAUUAAUUUUUGGAGUGAAUUUUAAUCAAACUGUUACAUUUUAAAUAUACAUCCAACUAAAUGUCUGCGAAUACCACAACUCCUACAUCCUCCACUAGUGCGUGCUCCAUAUCGCCGAACGGCUCUGCCAGCGGCACAGAGGAUAUACAAUAUCUACUCUAUUUAGAAACUUUACGUCGUUUUCGGGACGAUGAGCUUAACAUCAAGCGCCAAGUGGACGAAAAAACACGACAGUACUUGGAAGUUAAGGAGGAAUAUUUACAAUUAUACGCUAAAUAUGUAAAACUCAUAACAUUGGCAGCAACACGUUGCGCGCUGUUAGCUGAUAACCACUUGCCUUUUGAUAAAAUAGCUGCCGCGGAUAAGGAUAUAAUAGCCAUUACACAAAAAUUGGCUACUGGCGAUGUUGUGGAGACGAUUAGUGAAAAUGCAGUCAAAGAGUGCAAGGAUAAGUUGGAAGCUUGUAAAGCACACGAGAAACUGAAACAAUUAAGCCACGAAUUAGCCGAAAGUAAAGCAACUGUGCGUGCAGUACAAUCCUCAACCGAAACUGUGGAGGCCACUAUUGAGACGGCUACAUUGCAAAGUCUUGACUACUUUGUUGAAGAAGUUGGCAAUAGAAGUUGAAAUAAAAACACACCGAAAUUGCAUUAUUUAGCCACCGAAUAGUAAUUCGAUGGCUGCUCUUUAUUAGUAGCGUGCUGAUUAGCAUGGUAUGUUUGAUUGAUGGAAGGAUGACAUAUUGAACGUGCGCAUUUCAAUCAUAGUUUCUAUCAUUUUUAUCGGUGGAGCGGAAAA